AUGGCAACCACGCAGCGAGAGGAGAGGUGGGAGGUGGAGCAGUGUCACGCUAAUAAUCUCCGUAUUGCACUGCAGAGCUGGGAACACAAGUUCCGGGCGCAGUGGUUUGGCUAUGGUGUAGAUGUCUUUGGUGGAGGCCGGGACGCCUGGCCCCGGGGACCCUCGGCCGACUCGCUGCGCCGCGCUGUCCGCGGAAGACGGCGGGACGGACCCUGGGCGGCAGCGAGCGCCGGCAGCUGCCGCGGCACCAUGAGGCGGCCGUGGGGCGCGCUGCUGCUCGGCGCUGUGCUCUGCGCACACGGCCUGGCCAGCAGCCCUGAGUGCGCCUGUGGUCGGAGUCACUUCACGUGUGCGGUGAGCUCCCUGGGCGAGUGUACCUGCAUCCCUGCCCAGUGGCAGUGUGACGGAGACAACGACUGUGGGGACCACAGCGAUGAAGACGGAUGUAUGCUGCCCACCUGCUCCCCUCUUGAUUUUCACUGUGACAAUGGCAAGUGCAUCCGCCGUUCCUGGGUUUGUGAUGGGGACAACGACUGUGAGGACGACUCGGACGAGCAGGACUGCCCUCCCAGGGAGUGUGAGGAGGACGAGUUCCCCUGCCAGAACGGCUACUGCAUUCGGAGCCUGUGGCACUGCGAUGGUGACAAUGACUGUGGUGACAACAGCGAUGAGCAGUGUGACAUGCGCAAAUGCUCCGACAAGGAGUUCCGCUGCAGUGAUGGGAGCUGCAUUGCUGAGCACUGGUACUGCGAUGGUGACACGGACUGCAAAGACGGCUCUGAUGAGGAGAGCUGUCCCUCUGCAGUGCCCGCGCCCCCCUGCAGCCUGGAGGAGUUCCAGUGUGCCUAUGGCCGCUGCAUCCUCGACAUCUACCACUGUGACGGCGACGAUGACUGUGGAGACUGGUCGGACGAGUCUGACUGCUCGUCCCACCAGCCCUGCCGCUCUGGGGAAUUCAUGUGUGACAGCGGCCUGUGCAUCAAUGCGGGCUGGCGUUGUGAUGGUGACGCGGACUGUGAUGACCAGUCUGAUGAGCGCAACUGCACCACCUCCAUGUGCACAGCGGAGCAGUUCCGCUGUCGGUCAGGCCGCUGCGUCCGUCUGUCCUGGCGCUGUGACGGGGAGGACGACUGUGCAGACAACAGCGAUGAAGAGAACUGUGAGAACACAGGAAGCCCCCAGUGCGCCUCAGACCAGUUCCUGUGCUGGAACGGGCGCUGCAUUGGGCAGAGGAAGCUGUGCAAUGGCGUCAAUGACUGUGGUGACAACAGCGAUGAAAGCCCGCAGCAGAACUGCCGGCCCCGGACGGGUGAGGAGAACUGCAAUGUUAACAACGGUGGCUGCACCCAGAAGUGCCAGAUGGUGCGGGGGGCAGUGCAGUGUACCUGCCACACAGGCUACCGGCUCAUGGAGGACGGGCACACUUGCCAUGACGUGAACGAAUGUGCUGAGGAAGGCUAUUGCAGCCAAGGCUGCACCAACAGCGAGGGCGCUUUCCUGUGCUGGUGUGAAGCGGGCUACGAACUGCGGCCUGACCGGCGCAGCUGCAAGGCCCUGGGGCCAGAGCCUGUGCUACUGUUCGCCAAUCGCAUCGACAUCCGGCAGGUGCUGCCGCACCGCUCCGAGUACACGCUUCUGCUCAACAACCUGGAGAACGCCAUCGCCCUUGACUUCCAUCACCGGCGCGAGCUGGUCUUCUGGUCAGACGUCACCCUGGACCGGAUCCUCCGGGCCAACCUCAAUGGCAGCAACGUGGAGGAGGUGGUGUCUACUGGACUGGAGAGCCCAGGGGGCCUCGCUGUGGACUGGGUCCAUGACAAGCUCUACUGGACCGACUCAGGGACCUCCAGAAUUGAGGUGGCCAACCUGGAUGGGGCCCAUCGGAAGGUACUGCUUUGGCAGAACCUUGAGAAGCCCCGGGCCAUCGCCUUGCACCCCAUGGAGGGCACCAUCUACUGGACAGACUGGGGCAACACACCCCGCAUAGAGGCCUCUAGUAUGGAUGGCUCCGGGCGCCGCAUCAUUGCAGAUACUCAUCUCUUCUGGCCCAACGGCCUUACUAUCGACUAUGCUGGACACCGUAUGUACUGGGUGGAUGCUAAGCACCACGUCAUUGAGAGAGCCAACCUGGACGGGAGUCACCGCAAGGCUGUCAUUAGCCAGGGUCUCCCGCAUCCCUUCGCCAUCACAGUGUUUGAAGACAGCCUGUACUGGACAGACUGGCAUACCAAGAGCAUCAAUAGUGCCAACAAAUUUACCGGCAAGAACCAAGAAAUCAUUCGCAACAAACUCCACUUCCCCAUGGAUAUCCACACCUUGCACCCCCAGCGCCAGCCUCCAGGGAAAAACCGCUGUGGGGACAACAAUGGAGGCUGCACCCACCUGUGCCUGCCCAGUGGCCAGAACUACACCUGUGCCUGCCCCACCGGCUUCCGCAAAAUCAGCAGCCACGCCUGUGCCCAGAGUCUUGACAAGUUCCUGCUUUUUGCCCGAAGGAUGGACAUCCGUCGGAUCAGCUUCGACACCGAGGACCUGUCCGACGAUGUCAUCCCACUGGCUGACGUGCGCAGUGCUGUGGCCCUUGACUGGGACUCCCGGGAUGACCACGUGUACUGGACAGAUGUCAGCACUGACACCAUCAGCAGGGCCAAGUGGGAUGGAACAGGACAGGAGGUGGUGGUAGAUACCAGCUUGGAGAGCCCUGCAGGUCUGGCCAUCGAUUGGGUCACCAACAAGCUGUACUGGACAGAUGCAGGUACAGACCGGAUUGAGGUGGCCAACACAGAUGGGAGCAUGAGGACGGUGCUCAUCUGGGAGAACCUUGAUCGUCCCCGGGACAUAGUGGUGGAACCCAUGGGUGGGUACAUGUAUUGGACCGACUGGGGUUCAAGUCCCAAGAUUGAACGAGCUGGCAUGGAUGCCUCGGGCCGCCAGGUCAUCAUCUCUUCUAACCUGACUUGGCCUAACGGACUGGCCAUUGACUACGGGUCCCAGCGGCUGUACUGGGCUGAUGCUGGCAUGAAGACAAUUGAAUUUGCAGGGCUGGAUGGCAGCAAGAGGAAGGUCCUGAUUGGAAGCCAGCUCCCCCAUCCGUUUGGGCUGACUCUCUAUGGGGAGCGGAUCUAUUGGACCGACUGGCAAACCAAGAGCAUACAGAGUGCUGACCGGCUGACCGGGCUGGACCGGGAGACCUUACAGGAGAACUUGGAGAACCUCAUGGACAUCCAUGUCUUUCACCGCCGGCGGCCCCCAGUGUCCACACCUUGUGCACUGGAGAACGGUGGCUGCAGUCACCUGUGUCUGCGGUCCCCAAAUCCCAGCGGCUUCAGCUGUACCUGUCCCACAGGCAUCAACCUCCUGUCGGAUGGCAAGACCUGUUCACCAGGCAUGAACAGUUUCCUCAUCUUCGCCAGGAGGAUAGACAUCCGCAUGGUCUCCCUGGACAUCCCUUAUUUUGCGGACGUGGUGGUGCCAAUCAACAUUACCAUGAAGAACACCAUCGCCAUUGGAGUGGAUCCUCAGGAAGGAAAAGUGUACUGGUCUGACAGCACGCUCCACAGGAUCAGCCGUGCGAGUCUGGAUGGUUCACAGCAUGAGGACAUCAUCACCACAGGGCUACAAACCACAGAUGGGCUUGCUGUGGAUGCCAUUGGCCGGAAGGUCUACUGGACAGACACGGGCACCAAUCGGAUUGAAGUGGGCAACCUAGACGGAUCCAUGCGCAAAGUGUUGGUGUGGCAGAACCUGGACAGCCCCCGGGCCAUCGUCCUGUACCACGAGAUGGGGUUCAUGUACUGGACAGACUGGGGGGAGAAUGCCAAGCUAGAGCGGUCUGGAAUGGAUGGCUCCGACCGUACCGUGCUCAUCCACAACAACCUCGGCUGGCCCAACGGCCUGACGGUGGACAAGACCAGCUCCCAGCUGCUGUGGGCUGAUGCCCACACGGAGCGCAUUGAGGCUGCUGACCUGAACGGUGCCAAUCGGCACACACUGGUAUCACCCGUGCAGCACCCAUACGGCCUCACCCUGCUUGGCUCCUAUAUCUACUGGACUGACUGGCAGACCCGAAGCAUCCACCGUGCCGACAAGGGCACUGGCAGCAAUGUCAUCCUGGUGAGGUCCAAUCUGCCAGGCCUCAUGGAUAUCCAGGCUGUGGACCGGGCACAGCAGCUGGGUUUUAACAAAUGUGGCCUGAGAAAUGGCGGCUGUUCCCACCUCUGCUUACCUCGACCCUCUGGCUUCUCUUGUGCCUGCCCCACUGGCAUCCAGCUAAAGGGAGACGGGAAGACCUGUGAUCCUUCUCCUGAGACCUACCUGCUCUUCUCCAGCCGAGGUUCCAUCCGACGAAUCUCCCUGGACACCAAUGACCAUACGGAUGUGCAUGUCCCUGUUCCUGAACUCAACAAUGUCAUCUCACUGGACUAUGACAGCGUGGAGGGGAAGGUCUAUUACACAGAUGUGUUCCUGGAUGUUAUCAGGCGAGCAGACCUGAAUGGCAGCAACAUGGAGACAGUGAUUGGACGUGGGCUGAAGACCACAGAUGGCCUAGCAGUGGACUGGGUGGCUAGAAAUCUGUACUGGACAGACACGGGUAGAAACACCAUCGAGGCAUCAAGACUGGAUGGUUCCUGCCGCAAAGUGCUGAUCAAUAACAGUCUGGAUGAACCCCGGGCCAUUGCUGUUUUCCCCAGGAAGGGGUACCUCUUCUGGACUGACUGGGGCCAUAUUGCCAAGAUUGAGCGGGCAAACCUGGAUGGCUCUGAGCGGAAGGUCCUCAUCAACACUGACCUGGGUUGGCCCAAUGGCCUCACCUUGGAUUAUGAUACCCGAAGGAUCUACUGGGUAGACGCACAUCUGGACCGGAUUGAGAGUGCCGACCUCAACGGGAAACUGAGGCAGAUCUUGGUCAGCCAUGUGUCCCACCCCUUUGCACUCACACAGCAAGACAGGUGGAUCUACUGGACAGACUGGCAGACCAAGUCCAUCCAGCGUGUAGACAAGUACUCAGGCCGGAACAAGGAGACGAUAUUGGCGAACGUGGAAGGGCUCAUGGAUAUCAUCGUGGUUUCCCCUCAGCGGCAGGCAGGGACCAAUGCCUGUGGGGUGAACAAUGGUGGCUGUACCCACCUCUGCUUUGCCAGAGCCUCGGACUUUGUGUGUGCCUGUCCUGAUGAACCUGAUGGCCGGCCCUGCUCCCUUGUGCCUGGCCUGGUGCCCCCAGCGCCCAGGGCUACCAGCACAAAUGAAAAGAGCCCAGUGCUGCCCAACACACUACCUACCACCUUGCGUUCUUCUACCACCCGGUCUCGCACAUCUCUGGAGGAAGGAAGAUGCUCUGAGAAGGACGCCCAGCUGGGUCUCUGUGCACAUUCCAAUGAGGCCAUACCUGCUGCUCCAGGGGAAGGACUCCAUGCCAGCUAUGUCAUCGGUGGACUCCUCAGUGUCCUGCUGAUUCUGUUGGUGAUUGCGGCAUUAAUGCUGUACAGGCACAAAAAAGCAAAGUUCACUGACCCUGGAAUUGGAAACCUGACCUACAGUAACCCAUCCUACCGAACGUCCACUCAAGAAGUGAAAAUUGAAACCGUCCCCAAGCCAGCCAUGUACAAUCAACUGUGCUAUAAGAAAGAGGCUGGGCCUGACCACAACUACACCAAGGAGAAGAUCAAGAUUGUGGAGGGAAUCUGCCUUCUCUCUGGGGAUGAAGCCGAGUGGGAUGACCUCAAACAACUGCGCAGCUCGAGGGGGGGCCUCCUGCGUGAUCACGUGUGCAUGAAGACGGACACGGUGUCCAUCCAGGCCAGCUCUGGCUCCUUGGACGACACGGAGACAGAGCAGCUGCUGCAGGAAGAGCAAUCGGAGUGUAGCAGCGUCCAUACUGCGGCUACUCCAGAAAGACGGGGCUCUCUGCCAGACACGGGCUGGAAACACGAACGCAAGCUCUCCUCCGAGAGCCAGGUCUAA